UGGGUGUUUGCGAUGCUGUUUACCAGGGAAGGAGGUCUGACAGCCAGGAGCUUGCCGCUCUCGCUUCUCCUCUUUGCAGCCUGGCAGGCGGGGAGCGGCCAGCUGCACUACUCGGUCCCCGAGGAGGCCAAACACGGCACCUUCGUGGGCCGCAUCGCGCAGGACCUGGGGCUGGAGCUGGCGGAGCUGGUGCCGCGCCUGUUCCGGGUGGCGUCAAAGGAGCGUGGGGACCUUCUGGAGGUAAAUCUGCAGAAUGGCAUUUUGUUUGUGAAUUCUCGGAUCGACCGGGAGGAGCUGUGCGGGCGGAGCGCGGAGUGCAGCAUCCACCUGGAGGUGAUCGUGGACAGACCGCUGCAGGUUUUCCAUGUGGAGGUAAAGGUAGAAGAUAUUAACGAUAAUCCACCGGUCUUUAGAGGUAGGGAACAGAGAAUAUUUAUUCCUGAAAAUAGGCAGCUUGAUUCACGUUUUCCGAUAGAGGGCGCUGCUGACUCGGACAUUGGUGCCAAUGCUCUUCUAACUUACACCCUGAGUCCUAAUGAUUACUUUUCUUUGGACGUCCAGGGAAGUGAUGAACUGAGUAAAUCUCUUUUGCUUAGACUGAGGAAAUCUUUGGAUAGAGAAGAAACACCAGAAUUUCGUUUAUUAUUGAGAGCCACAGACGGGGGCAAACCAGAGCUAGAAGAUACAGCUCACCUGCUGAUCUCAGUGCUUGAUGUUAAUGAUAAUCCCCCAAUGUUUGACCAGGCACUGUACAGGGUACACUUAUUAGAGACUACAGUAAAUGGAACAUCAGUGAUCACAUUAAAUGCCUCGGACGCAGAUGGAGGUGUAAAUGGGGAAGUUGUCUUUUCCUUUGGCAAUGAUGUUUCUCCCAACAUUCAAGAAAAGUUUAAAAUUGAUCCCAGCUCAGGAGAAAUUAGGCUAAUUGAUAAUUUGGAUUAUGAAGAAACAAAAUUGUAUGAAAUUCAAGUGAAGGCUGUUGAUAAAGGAAGUCCUGCAAUGUCAAAUCACUGCAAAGUUUUGGUGAAAGUGUUGGAUGUAAACGAUAAUGGCCCAGAAGUAGCCAUCACUUCUCUGUCUUUGCCAAUCAGAGAGGAUGCUCCUUUUAGUACCGUCAUUGCAGUCAUUUCGGUGUCCGACCUUGACUCAGGUGUUAACGGGGAGGUGACCUGUUCCCUGUCACACCACAUCCCCUUUAAGCUGAUGUCCACCUUCAAGAAUUAUUAUUCGCUGGUGCUGGAUAGCGCCCUAGACCGCGAAACCUUAUCAAAUUAUGAGGUGGUGGUGACUGCACGGGAUGGGGGAUCGCCCUCACUGUCGGCCUCGGCCACCGUGUCCGUGGAGGUGGCCGACGUGAACGACAACGCGCCUGUGUUCGCGCAGCCCGAGUACACGGUGUUCGUGAAGGAGAACAACCCGCCGGGCUCCCACAUCUUCACGGUGUGCGCGCGCGACGCGGACGCUCAGGAGAACGCACUGGUGUCCUACUCGCUGGUGGAGUGGCGCGUGGGCGAGCGCGCGCUGUCGAGCUACGUGUCUGUGCACGCGGAGAGCGGCAAGGUGUUCGCGCUGCAGCCGCUGGACCACGAGGAGCUGGAGCUGCUGCAGUUCCAGGUGAGCGCGCGAGACUCUGGAGUGCCUUCCCUGGGCAGCAAUGUGACUCUGCAGGUGUUUGUGCUGGAUGAAAAUGACAAUGCUCCUGUGCUGCUGGGCCUUGGGGCAAGUGGUACAAGCAACAUGGUGAAUGAGCUGGUGUCCCGGUCAGUGGGUGCUGGCCACGUGGUGACGAAGUUGCGUGCAGUGGACGCAGACUCUGGCUACAACGCGUGGCUGUCUUAUGAGCUACAGCCGGCUGAAGGUGGCGCACGUAACCCAUUCCGAGUGGGUCUGUACACAGGCGAGAUCAGUACAACACGCGCCCUGGAUGAGUCCGAUGCAUCUCGCCAGCUCCUGUUAGUGCUUGUGAAAGACCAUGGAGAGCCUGUGUUGACAGCCACCGCUACCGUGUUAGUGUCUCUGGUGGAAAGUGGGCAAGCACCACAGGCUUCUUUGCGGGCAUUGGCUGGGGACUCAGGCCCAGAAGUGACGCUAAUAGAUAUCAACAUAUACCUGAUCAUCGCCAUCUGCGCGGUAUCCAGUCUGUUGGUGCUUACACUGCUGCUGUACAUGGCAUUACGUUGCUCAACUGUAACCACGAAGGGUGUGGGCCGGCCUGGGAAGCCCACGUUGGUGUGUUCGAGUGAAGUUGGGAGCUGGUCAUACUCGCAGCAGAGGGGGCAGAGAGUGUGCUCUGGGGAGGGUGCACCCAAGACGGACCUCAUGGCCUUCAGCCCAGGUCUAUCUCCAGGUUUGGGCACAUCGGAAGGAAAUGAACACGCUGAAGCAAAUUCAGAUCGUUCUUGCAAUGUAAGUCUAAAUUUGAGGUUUGGGUUUAGAUUUCUUUCUUAG